CUUCAUGCACAAUCUAUCGAUAUUAUCUAGACGUAACCAGCAAAACAAAUAAUAAUAUUUAUUGAAUACAUAAUAAAACAAUGAGAGUGGGCCAGCUGCUCCGCUUUCGAACCACCGCCAUCCGUAGCUCAACUGCUAGACAGGAGUACGUGCCACAUCAUAAGCCCGCCGUGCAGGAUGACAUCCGGCGGCUGGAGGACUUUCUCAUGUCCAGACCGAAUGUUUUGGUUUUGACGGGUGCUGGGAUCUCAACGGAAUCUGGCAUCCCCGACUACCGCUCCGAGGGCGUGGGACUUUACGCCCGGUCCAACCACAAACCCGUGCAGCACAUGGAGUUCGUGAAGUCCUCGGCGGUGCGCAAGCGGUACUGGGCCAGGAACUUCGUGGGCUGGCCCAAAUUCUCAGCCACGCAGCCAAACGCCACGCACCAUGCACUGGCAAGAUUCGAGAGGGAGGGGCGGCUCCAGGCGGUGGUCACCCAGAAUGUUGACCGACUGCACUCGAAGGCGGGCAGCCGGAACGUGGUGGAGGUCCACGGCAGUGGCUAUGUGGUUAAGUGCCUCUCCUGCGAGUACCGCAUCGAUCGUCACGAGUUCCAGAGCAUACUGGCCUCCCUCAAUCCGGCGUUUAAUGAUGCCCCCGACAUGAUCCGACCCGACGGCGAUGUGGAGAUCCCCCUGGAGUAUAUCGAGAACUUCCAGAUACCUGAGUGCACGCAGUGCGGUGCCGACUUGAAGCCGGAGAUAGUCUUUUUCGGCGAUUCGGUGCCCAGGCCGCGACUGGACGAGAUUGCGGGCAUGGUCUUCAAUAGCGAUGGUCUGCUGGUCCUGGGAUCCAGUCUUCUGGUCUUCUCCGGCUACCGCGUUGUCCUGCAGACUAAGGACCUCAAGUUGCCGGUGGCCAUAGUAAAUAUAGGUGACACGCGGGCCGAUCACCUGGCGGACAUCAAGAUUUCCGCAAAGUGCGGCGAUGUGAUACCCAAGUUGUUUGACUUCCGCUCCUCGAAAAGUGUCAGCUAAUCCUGGCCCUUUUGGUUGCUGUAUGUAUGUACAUAAAUUUUUAAAUAAAUUCAGUUGUGGUAAAUGAA